CCCCCACCGCCCCCGCCGGGUGUCCGACGUGGAAGUUGCUGGCUGACUAGGCUUCUAAGGAAACGGCCUCCGACCGGGAGCCGGAGCCGGAGCCCGAGGCCAAGGCGAGCGGAGGCGGCGGCACCGGGGCUUGAAUAAGAGUUACUGCCGAGGCCGGGGCCUGUCUCUGACAAUCGACGAGGGCAGACAGGCGGUUCAUCAUGGGUGGUUUUUUCUCAAGUAUAUUUUCUAGUCUUUUUGGAACCCGAGAAAUGAGGAUUUUAAUUUUGGGAUUAGAUGGAGCAGGAAAAACUACAAUUUUGUACAGAUUACAGGUUGGAGAAGUCGUUACUACUAUUCCUACCAUUGGAUUUAAUGUUGAGACGGUAACAUACAAGAACCUUAAAUUCCAAGUCUGGGAUUUAGGAGGACAGACAAGUAUCAGGCCAUACUGGAGAUGUUAUUAUUCAAACACAGACGCAGUCAUUUAUGUAGUAGACAGCUGUGACCGAGACCGAAUUGGCAUUUCUAAAUCAGAGUUAGUUGCCAUGUUGGAGGAGGAAGAACUGAGAAAAGCCAUUUUGGUGGUGUUUGCAAAUAAGCAGGACAUGGAACAGGCCAUGACUCCCUCGGAGAUGGCAAAUUCCCUUGGGUUACCUGCUUUGAAGGACCGAAAGUGGCAAAUAUUCAAAACUUCAGCAACCAAAGGCACUGGCCUUGAUGAGGCAAUGGAAUGGUUAGUUGAAACAUUAAAGAGCAGACAGUAAUUCAGUCACUUCUGCUCCCCUGAAAUGAAGACCACAUCCAUAUCCUUUUGGAACGUUAAGUGUGCUUCACACUACUAAAUGUUAGAACUGUGUAUGUUUGUUGGCAUAUACUGAACUGACUGCAACAUUUGUAAUAAAUAUAAAAAAUAAGUAUUUGGUUGGAAGGGUAACUCAUCGUGAUUGAACCAACUGAAUGUCUGGUCUUUGUAAUGUAAAAUAUUCCUUCCUUGCUUUCUUAUGUUAAGGUAUAUAGUCCAUAUUCUACUUAUGUGGAAUUCGUAUUCAAAUACAGUCAUAUUAAAGAAUGUACUCUUAUUGAGGGGAAAAAACCCUCAUAUUUUUGAAUUAGUGGUUGCAGCUUGUUGGCAUAAACACUAAUAAAUAUCUUAGAUUUUUUUCCCCCUAAGUGAAUUAAGUUUUUCCAAAAAUUUGACUCAGUAGAGUGGGCUACAUCUUCAUUUGCUUAAUGACCACUUAAUUUAAGCUGCUUUGUUUGAAAGCUUUUGGUUAUAGGCAUGAAGUUGAAUAAUUAUUUUAGUGGUUAAUUUCACUGAUUUAUCUAUAAUUAUCAUUUUAUAGUAAUUCAUAGUCGUUGCAAAAAAUUUUACAUAUAUUGACCUAACCGAUUUGUACAAGAACCUUAUGAUGUAGAUAGGACAGGUUAUAAUGUCUUCGUUUUAUGUAUGUGUGGAGUCUUGGGUUCUGAUAGGUUGGCUACUCAACUGCUAAUGAGUAAUACUUCAAAAAAUACUUCAGGGUCAGAAGCUUUUCCCAUAAACUACACCUGAAAAUGCCAACACAGACAACCUAAUUCCUUAAAUAAAAUUAUGCUAACUGAAGUAGACACUGUACAUUUAAAGUAAUGUCUAUAAAUUUAUUUGUCCAUACUAGUAGAGGUAGUAAAAACAAUGGUAAAUGGUUAUAUUUGAUGGAUUCAUGACAAAGUUCACACUGAGGGAAAUAAAAAAGAUCUAUUUUAAGAAGCAUUGUAAA